CCCAUUGUGUUCUCAAUAUAUAAUCUUUGUCCAAUGUGAGCCGUCGUGUUCGUCGGCCAGUAGAGAGCCAAGUUUCAUCUGAAGCACAGCGGCACCAUGGGGAAGAAACAGAAGAAAUCUGGAGAGGACAGUGCCAAAGAUGACGGCGUGGACAUCGACGCUCUGGCUGCAGAGAUUGAGGGAGCCGGCGCCUCCAAAGAGCAGAAAGGGAAGAAGAAGAAGAAAGCAGCCAAGAGAGAGGACUUUGAUGAGGACGACAUCCUGAAGGAGCUGGAGGAGCUUUCCCUGGAGGCUCAGGGAGGAAAGGCCAAGAAAGCAGAAACCACAGAAGAAGUAGACGCUCCAGAGCCUCCCAGACCAGAGAAGAAGAAAACCAGGAAGGGGAAGAAAGGAGGAGCGAGUCCUGAGGAUGAGGAGGAGGAAGGCCAUGUUGAUGGAGAUAAGAACGGAGAGCAGAAGGAGAAGAACAAGGCGCCUCCCACCGCGCCGCCCUCCGACUCCGACGACGACAGCUCCUCCCGCUCCCGGCUGAAGGCCAAGGCUGGGAAGAAAGGAGGGAAGAGACAGUCUGUGUCUGAUGAUGAGGAGCCCAAGGAGGCGGAGCCAAAGGGAGACGGAGGGAAGGAGGAGGAGUCCGACGACGAGGAGGUGAGCUCCAGGAGAGAGAAGAAGAAGAAGAGCAAAGGGAAGGGGGCGAAGGCGGAGAGCGACGGUGAGGAGGAGCAGGAGGACGAGGCAGGCGGCUUCAAGAUGAAAACGGCGGCGCAGAAGAAGGCAGAGAAGAAGGAGAGGGACAAGAAGAAGAAAGAGGAAGAGAGGAUGAAGCAGAAGAAGAUGAAGGAGAAGGAGGCCACCGUGGAGUCCAAACCAGAACCAGAGAAGAAGAUGACAGAGGCAGCAGCUGUGGAGGAGCAGGAAGAACCAGCAGCAGAAGACGAGAACGAAGGAGACAAGAAGAAGAAGGACAAGAAGAAGAAGAAGGGAGAGAAGGAGGAGAAGAAAAAGGGUCCCAGCAAGGCCACGGUGAAGGCCAUGCAGGAGGCGCUGGCCAAGAUGAAGGAGGAGGAGGAGCGGGCGCGAAGGGAGGAGGAGGAGCGGCUGAGGAGGCUGGAGGAGCUGGAGAAGCAGAGGCAGGAGCAGGAGCGGCUGGAGCAGGAGCGCAGGGAGAAGAAGAAGCAGAAGGAGAAGGAGAGGAAGGAGCGUCUGAAGAAGGAGGGCAAGCUGCUGACCAAGGCCCAGCGGGAGGCGCGGGCGAGAGCCGAGGCCACGCUCAAGCUGCUGCAGGCGCAGGGCGUUGAGGUGCCAUCCAAAGACAGCGUGCCAAAGAAGAAACCAUUUUAUGGAGACAAGAGGAAGAAGAAACCCAACGUCCAAUCACCUGAAGAAACAUCGGAGGUCACGUCGCCAGUCUCGGAGACCCCGGAGCCCGUUGCCAUGGAGACGGAGAGCAAGCCGCCGGCUGCAGUGCCAGAGGCGAAGGCGGACGCCGACCUGGACGACUGGGAGGCCAUGGCCAGCGACGAGGAGAAAGAGAGAAAGAGAAGACGAGCAGCAGAGCUGAAGAAAGUUCACAUCGAGGUCAAAGAGGAGACGCCGGCUCCUCGUCAGCCGGCUGCCAGCGAGGAGGAGGAGGAAGAGGAAGAUGAGGAGGACGACGAGGAGGAUGAAGAAGAGGAGGAGGAGGAAAGCGAGGAGGAAGCUGAGAUGGAGAAAGAGAGCGCGCCAGUGAGUCACGGGAAGAGGAGAGCGGCGAGCGAAGAGGAGAGCAGCGAGAGCGACGAUGAUGAUGGCAGGACGAAGGAGGAGCGGCUGUAUGACCGAGCCAGGAAGAGGAUAGAGAAACGGCGAGCGGAGAACCUGAAGAACACGGACCCGGACCGGCUCCGAGCGCCAGUGGUGUGUGUGCUGGGACACGUGGACACAGGGAAGACAAAGAUCCUGGACAAGCUGCGUCACACACACGUCCAGGACGGCGAGGCCGGAGGAAUCACCCAGCAGAUCGGAGCCACCAACGUCCCCAAGGAGACCAUCGAGGAGCAGACCAAGAUGGUUAAAAAUUUUGACAGGGAGAACAUCAAGAUCCCCGGUAUGCUGAUCAUCGACACCCCAGGACACGAGUCCUUCAGUAACCUGAGGAACAGAGGCAGCUCUCUGUGUGACAUCGCCAUCCUGGUGGUGGACAUCAUGCACGGCUUGGAGCCUCAGACCAUCGAGUCCAUCAACCUGCUGAAGGAGAAGAAGUGUCCCUUCAUCGUGGCCCUCAACAAGAUCGACCGGCUCUACGACUGGAAGAAGAGUCCUGAUACGGACGUGGUCGCCACGCUGAAGAAGCAGAAGAAGAACACCAAGGACGAGUUUGACGAGAGGACCAAGGCCAUCAUUGUGGAGUUUGCUCAGCAGAGUCUGAACGCGGCGCUGUUCUUCGAGAACAAAGACCCGCGGACGUUCGUGUCUCUGGUUCCCACGUCGGCCCACAGCGGCGACGGCAUGGGGAACCUGAUCGCCCUGCUGGUGGAGCUCACCCAGAGCAUGCUGGCCCGCCGCCUGGCGCACUGCGACGAGCUGCGGGCGCAGGUCAUGGAGGUGAAGGCGCUGCCCGGCAUGGGAACCACCAUCGACGUCAUCCUGAUCAACGGCCGCCUGCGGGAGGGAGAGACCAUCAUCGUCCCCGGGGUGGAGGGGCCCAUCGUCACGCAGAUCAGGGGCCUGCUGCUGCCGCCGCCGCUCAAGGAGCUGAGGGUCAAGAGUCAGUAUGAGAAGCACAAGGAAGUGUCGACGGCUCAGGGAGUGAAGAUUCUAGGUAAAGACCUGGAGAAGACGCUGGCAGGGCUCCCCCUGCUGGUGGCCCACAGGGACGACGAGGUCCCCGUCUUGAAGGAUGAGCUGGUGAAGGAGCUGAAGCAGACGCUGAGCUCCAUCAAGCUGGAGGAGAAGGGUGUGUACGUCCAGGCCUCCACGCUGGGCUCCCUGGAGGCGCUGCUGGAGUUCCUCCGGACCUCCAAGGUCCCGUACGCAGGCAUCAACAUCGGCCCUGUGCAUAAAAAGGACGUGAUGAAGGCGUCCACCAUGCUGGAGCACGACCUACAGUACGCUGUCAUCCUGGCGUUUGACGUGAAGGUGGAGAGGGAGAGCCAGGAGAUGGCCGACAGUCUGGGCGUCCGCAUCUUCUCUGCUGAGAUCAUCUACCACCUGUUUGACGCCUUCACCAAGUACAGAGAGGAUUACAAGAAGUCCAAACAGGAAGAGUUCAAGCACAUCGCCGUGUUCCCGGUGAAGCUCCGCGUUCUUCCUCAGUUCAUCUUCAACUCCAGAGAUCCCAUCGUGAUGGGCGUGUCGGUGGAGGCGGGGCUUCUGAAGCAGGGGACGCCGCUCUGCGUGCCCAGCAAAGGGUUCGUGGAGAUCGGCGUGGUAACCAGCAUUGAGAUGAACCACAAGUCGGUGGACACGGCGAAGAAAGGCCAGGAGAUCUGCGUGAAGAUUGAGCCCAUCCCCGGGGAGUCGCCCAAGAUGUACGGCCGCCAUUUUGAAGCCACUGACGUCAUCGUCAGCAAGAUCACGCGGGCGUCCAUCGACGCCCUGAAGAACUGGUUCAGAGACGAGAUGCAGAAAUCGGACUGGCAGCUCAUCAUGGAGCUGAAGAAAACCUUUGAGAUCAUCUGAACCGGACCGGACCAACCGGAGCGGAGCCACAGAAACACCAACCAGCCAGCCAACCAAUCAGACGCUUCCUGCAGUCGGAGCGGCGGCGCGGCGGAGCGGAGCGGCGUGUCUCUGUGGACAGCGGCUCCUCACUGUGUGACAGCGAUAGCCUAGACUCACUCCAACGUGCCUGUUCUUCAGCAUCAUCAUCAUCAUCUUCCUCUUGGCCCUCGCUCUUUGAUGUGCUGCCGCCACUUCCUGCCCCAGGCUCCGCCCCCUUUCCCAGCAGCCUGGAGCUCCGGACGGAGGCGGCGAGCGGCUCAGACUCUGACACGCUGACGUCUGUUUGUCUUGGCGGCCAUGUUGGAAGGCGGGGAAACAGAAGAUUUUAAACUGUUUUUGCUGCAACUGCUGAUGUAAUAAAUUCCCAUGAUUCUAAUAAAAGCUGCAGAACGACGAUUAA